AUGAUUUGCAAAAAAUUGUUCAAAAGUUUUAAAAAAAAUAGCUCGCUCAUCGUCUUCUUCGUAACGUUAGUCUAUUUUUUUUACACCUAUGUGUCGUUGUUUUUGUUUGUCUUCAACAAUGCCUUGUUCUAUCUCUUUUUGAACAUCACCCUGUUUUAUCUAUGCUUCCAUUUUGUGGUGAGAGCCCUCACGUACCCUGGGAGUCUCUUCAUAUACUUCCACAAGACAAACUACGACAACAGAGUAGAACUAUGUAAGUUUUACAUGAAGGAGUCGGUGAAGCUGUCACUGAUUAUAAGUGACAUUCGAAGACACGCCAGGGACGUGAUUCGGAAGGAAAAUAACCCAGACGGAAAUCUCAAAAUUAAGCUAGAGCAGCUGUUCUCAAAUAGCAAUAACAAGGAUAAUUACUUUAACUUUUUCAGCGGCCUAUAUAUAUUUUACACACUCUACAUUAGCUAUUACCUCUACAUCAACUUAGAAGAAAAUGUCGACUUUAGUGAUGAGCAGUUGCUUUUUUAUUACUACUUGAAGUUAUUCAUGAUCAAAAUAAACGAACUCAAGGUGUACAUUCAUCAGGACGAUGUGAUAUACCCCGAAAUUCUCACAGAAAUAAAAAUCCACAAAGAUUUUAACAAAGCAGUGCAUGAGUUCAUACUUGGUACAAAUCCCACUUACGAGAAAUUUUUCGCGCCCACAAAAGAAAGGAGAACGUAUAGCAGUUUUAAGAGAACAAAAUCUAAGUUGAGUAUUUGGAAGCGCAUAUUUAACAGGAAGGGUGUGCAAGAUUGUAGGGCACCGGAGGAAUAUGCAAAAUUGUUGCCCAAAAAGGAGAAUGAUAAUAAUGCCAAAGGUAAUAAUGACUAUAAUGGCUAUGAUGGCAAUGAUGACGCUUUAACCCCGGGGGGAAAUCCACCCCAGGGGGAAGGAAAACUAAAGAACGGUUCGGAGGGAAUAAAAGGAGAUAACAUUUUUGAUGAAUCGGAAGAAGGAGACACUCCUUCGAAGGACAUCCCCCCCAAUUAUAUGGACAUAAAUGUGUUGAGUUUGUUUUACCAUGAGAAUUACGAAAAAUCAAUAACGCAUGCCAACUAUAAAGACUUCUUUAUGAUCAUAAAGGGUGAUAAUUUCCUUAAGCUGUUAGACGACCUGACAUACUUUUUGAACAAGCUUGGCGAGCUGUUCAAAUUGAAUGCACAAAGAGAAAGCAUGGACAUGAGAAAUAUUACGAAGUAUAUUAAUAAUUAUAUAAAAAAACACAUAGCAGGAACAAUGGAUUUGUUCAAGUACGAAUUGAUUUUUAAAUACUACGGGAAACAGGAGUACUUGCUAAUUAACGGUGCCAAAAUAGAUUGCAUGUUCAUACCAUGUAAGAGGUUUCUAAAUGAUAAAAUACAAUCAUAUAUCGAUUUGAAGAAGCGGGGUGAGAAAAGGAUGACUGAAGGAAAUGAGCAUCCAACGAAUGGACCCACCAGUGGACGCACCAAUGGACCCACGAAUGGGCAUGUCUAUUUAAACGCCUUCAACAACGACUUUUACAAUUACAUAUAUCAAGACGAUUAUUUGUGCGACAUACCCGUAGUGCUUUACUUCAACCCUAACGCUGCCUACUACGAACUGAAUGCUUGCUAUUCUGGGUCACUGAAAUUUUACUUAGAAAAUAAUGUUAACGUUUUCGUGUACAACUAUCGUGGGUACAGCAAGUCUAGUGGUUAUCCAAAUUUAAAUAGAAACAAUGCGGAUGCCUUAAAAAUUGCAGAGUAUCUUUUGUCCAGGAAGGUUAAACAUUUAGGGUUACAUGGAACAUCCAUUGGAGGUCCCCUAUGCUCUUACGUGUCUUACCAUCUGUGUAAUUUUAAUCAAAAAAAUAAUAACACGGAAUAUAUGGACAAAUUGUACAAAAAUGAAAUUCGCAUCAAGAUCACUUGCAAGCAGAUAAACAAAACGGUGAAGUUGAUGAGUAGGAGGAAGGAUAAAAUUUUGAAUAUCCUACUUAUCCCAAUUAAGUAUAUCAUCUUGCUUCUUCAAUUCAUUGUGCUGUGCAAGUUGAAAAUAUCCAACAUGAGGAUUAGGAGGAAGAUCAACAUGAGCACGGGCGUUGCUAGCAGCAAUAGGGACAAUCGCGAUAUUGGGGAUGAGGGGGGACCUGCCACCACACGCACUGAUCAUCCAAGGAUAUCCUUUGUGUGCAUUGAUAAGUCCUUCUACAAUUUCGAGGAAGUGGCCAAGUACAUGGUUGGAGAGUACGCAUACAACAUUCUGCAAUUCACGUCAUACAAAUUGGACAUCACAAAAUAUUACCUCAAUUCAAAUGUUCCAAAAAUAUUAAUUUACGACAAUAACGACGAGAUAAUUCACUACAUGUCGAGUGUCGUUACAGGGGUAUCCAAGGAAAUUUCUAAAUUAUACAAAAGUGGGGACGGCAAGGAGGAAGGCAGCGUGGAAGGAAACGCAGGGGGAUCCUCAACCACUGGAGAGAAUAACCAAAAUUUGCUACCACUGCUUGGGGGCAGUUCUGAUGAAGGCGCAUAUAUGCCGCAGACAAAGAUGUAUUCCGAUUUGUACGCGAAGAAGAGGGCUGUACCCGAGCCCCCACUUGCUCAGAAGCAGCAGCUCCUGGGUGGAAAUAUUCUCGGCAGCUCGAAUGAGAAGAUCCCCUUUGUCCCCCAGCUAAUCAUAGACGAAAAUGUGGACAAGUGUUGGUUUGAAAAUAAAGUUAAAAACAUCGACAUAGUCCUAUUUUUGCAGAGCUGGAAGGUGAUAAAUGAUUGUAUAUUGUUUCUAAAUAAAUCUUCCACAACGAACAAUUCCUUCAUUUCGAUAGGGCUAGAAACGUAUAAGUCUAUCAUGUCCUUGUACAAUUCUAAGGAGAACAAUUUGGAGAAGCAAACGCAUAAUGCUAUUUAUUGCAUUUAUAAUGACAACAUGAGUUUUAUGGAUACCUUUAAGAAAGUGAACCAUAAUUACGACGAUUUCGGGAUGGAGGAAAGUACAGGGAAAGAUAGCCAUGUGAAGAAGCCAAAUGUUUGUGAUAUCCUCCGUGAAAAUGAAGACUUCAAAUUCGAAAUGGAAAAGCUGAACAAAAUGUUAAAAGAUUUGUAUAUGUCAAAGAGGAAGGAAGUGGAAAAGGUACAUUUUACAUAUAGCGGAUUUUUCCUCAAAAAUGACUACCUCUAUAAUUAUAUUAACACGAAAAAUAAGAACAAGGAGGAACCUGCUUUUAACAUAGAAGAGGUAGACAUCAUCAACUUCCUAAGCCAAUUUAGUGAUUCUUUAACAGACAUUGCUGAUGCGAUCAAUUGCAAUUUGAAUUCUUGUGGACAAUUAUUAACAGAAUUGAAUCAAGUUGCAGAAAAUGAAAAAAUAAAUUUUUUCAAAUCAUUCAUUUUUAGAAUGAAGGUGUAUGGUUCUUACCCCUCUCAGUGUUUUAUUUCAUCCUGUGAGGAACAAUAUUGUAAUUCCAUCAAUCAGCUUCCGCUUAUUUUAUCUGAGUGUUCUAACCACGGGGGGUUGUAUACUCACGGAAAGGUCAGAAACUACUCCUACGAUUUGAACAACACCAGGGAUGACGAAUUGCCCUUCGAUGGAGAGUAUCCUAAUAGCGACUCUGAGGAUGCAUAUUUCAUGCAUAGUGACUCGGAAAAGAGGAUGACCAAAGUUAAAGGGGUGCGAAGCAAAGACACUUUUCAAUUCAAUCACAGUUUUGCAGCGGAUUACAACUGUAGUAUACAUUCCCCCUACGUGGUGAUAAAAAGGUCCAUGUUUUUGCACGACUUGGUUGUAUGCUUGAAUUGGUUUAAGAAGGGUGCUGGGGUUGGUUGUCCUUCUUCCGGUUGCGCCCCAUCAUCUACCCCCGCGGGCGUUUUUUACCAACUAGACGAAGAUACCUACUUAGUGAACCCCACACAGCUGCAGAUCGCCCUGAAGGAGAAAAAUCAGAAAUGGCAAAAUAAACAGAAAAACAAUGCCACGCGCUUAAACAGUGCAAAUUUUCUGGACCUAUUUUCCAACGACAUUGGAGUGGAUAUAAACAAUGCUGACUUUUCAAAUGAGCUAGAAAAGUACGUAAGCUGGAUGCGCCUGAAUAACAGAAUUAGCUUAUGCAAAAUUUUGCUUUCCCUCAAAAGUAAAUUGCGUCAAAUGAAAAGCUAUUCAGAAAGAUUAAUCGAUGAAUACAGCACUAUUAACCAAGGCACGAAUAUUCGCUUUAUCAUUUUCCUAAUCUAUCGUAUACUAAUUUUUAAGAAGCUGCUAACUCACACUUAUAUAAUUUACACAUUUUGGGAACGGCUCAGCACAUCUUUGGAUGUGAACUUUAAUGAUGUUGAGGAGGGUGCAAAAGAUGUUGACCUUCUAACAUUGGAACCCAUAUCUCAUUUUGAUGUUUUCUACAAGGCUGCCUAUAAGGUGUACUCCCCCAAAAUUUUGGGAUGCCCCCUGCUGGUGAACUGCGGACACAACGGCACGUUAUCCAAGGAGGAUCUAGCCUUUUUCAGCACCUGCUUGAAUUUCUACCUCAAGGAGUAUACAUGA